UUCAGAAACAUAUAUAAACCUAUGAGUUUAUCUAUUCGCUCAGACCCAGGUAAACAAAUCUGCAAAGAUGCGUACGCUUGCUUGUUUUAUAUUUCUCGCUCUCGUAUACACUACUAAAGGAACGCCUUCUCCACAUAUCAUUGGAGGUCAACCGGCUGACAUUGGCGAAUUUCCAUAUCAAGUAUCACUGAAAGUUAAUGAUAGACACCAGUGCAGUGGGUCUAUCAUUAAUAAUCGGACCAUCUUAACCGCAGCAGAUUGUGUCGUCUGGUUGGCAUCUUGGCAGAUAACGGUUCAUGGCGGGACAAAUAAAUUGGAUACACGAGGACAUGUUCAUGAGGUAGAGAGUGUUACCAUCCAUCCAAAAUACCUUAAGGAGCCAUACACUAAUAACAUUGCUUUAGUUCACCUUAAAGCUGCUUUCAAAUAUAAUCCGUUAGAACAAUCGAUAAAUCUUGCGACAACUGAUAUUGAUAUCGAAGAUAAAUCAUGCACAUUAGCCGGAUGGGGAGCUACCAGAGUGACUGGUGAAGACUUUUCAAAUAGUUUACUAAAAAUUCAGUUAAAAGGUUAUUCGCUGGAAAAGUGUGCAAGAGAUUGGCAAAUGUGGGGAUAUGGCAAAAUAAGAAAUAAUCAGGUUUGCACACAAACUAAACGAGAACUAUACGGAGCAUGCCUCGGUGAUUUUGGUGGACCUUUAGUAAUUGAUGGAGUUCAAAUUGGAAUCCUUUCCAUGACAGGUAAACCCUGUACAUUAUUACCAGCCGUUUAUAUGAAAGUGACCAGUUUUCUUCCGUGGAUUCUGUCGAAUAUGAAGAAUUAAAAUGUAUCAUUUAACUUAACAAUUUAUUUAAAUUAAAUAUCAUGUAAUUAAUUUAUUAAAACGACAUUUCGUUUUACGCAAUUUAUUAUUUAAUUAAUAAUAUAAUUUAAAUAAAUAAUUAUUUUUGUGAAAUGCACACUCUUUCUGUUAGUUAAAUAAAUUGUCAAUGCAAAUAACAAA